AUGUUCUGGCCGCUAGACCUAACGAGCUACCUCGCCAGCGGCGCGCUCCAAAUCCUCAUCACAACCACGUGCAUAGUCGCAACCCCCAAGGGAUCCCUAUUUCGCUAUGCGGCCAUCCCAUGCAUAGUCUGGCUCGCCUACCACUUGAUACAGCCGUAUGAUGGCGCAAGUCCAACCCUCUGCUCAGCCCUUACCCACCUCAUCUUAAUGGCCGUUCAAGCCGUCAAUCUCCUCCUGCUCAACCCGCUAGACGACACCGAUCUGGCGCGCGAGGACCCUAAGCACUCGCUCUUUCUUUCAGAUCGCAUCUACCAUGCCGCAGAGCUGCUGUCGCAAUUCCGCGCCAUCGGCACGUCCCGCCAAAUCAAGAGCGUGCCCGCGCAGCCGGCGUAUUAUGGGCGCCAGGGCAAGAUCUCCCGCGGCCGCUUCCUGCUCAGGCAGAGCGUCUUUUUCCUCUGGCAGUACCUUGUGCUGGAUUUGAUGCAGGCGCUGGCUAGGCAGAAGGCGUUUCAGGAGGGGGAUUCACCGGGAUUUUCGCAUAUAGAUUGGUUUGUGCCGGUGGAUCAGUGGGUUGAGCGGGGCCUCACGAAUUUGACUGUAUGGUUCGCGUUGUCGCGGAUUGUGAUCGAUGCGCAUUAUCGUCUGUCCUCUGUGGUAUUUGUGGGAUCGGGCUUGGACGUGGCUGCUAAUUGGCCCCCUUUGUUUGGGAGUAUGGCAGAUGUGUAUACGAUUCGGAAGUUCUGGGGCAAAUUCUGGCACCAAUAUUUGCGCCAGCCUUUUACGGCUGUGAGCAACUUUAUUGCGCGUGAUGUCCUUCACCUCCCCAGGCCGUCCAUUCUGGAGCGAUAUACAAAUAUCUUUCUAGUCUUUCUUCUCUCUGGCAUGCUGCAUGUUAUUGUCGACCACAUCCAGACCGUUCCAUAUGAAUACUCUGGAUCUUUAAUUGGGUUCCCGAUCAUGGCGCUGGGCAUCAUGUUGGAAGAUGGCGUGCAGGCCCUUUGGAAAACGCUGAGCUCGUCUGCAGGAAAGGAGCCAUCUAGUGACGAAGAGUCUGUGCCACCGCUGUGGCAGAGAGCUGUGGGUUACAUUUGGACUAUGACCUGGUUGGCUGUUACCUCGACGUGGUACUUACACCCGAUCUUGCAGCUGCCGGGGGAUCUGGCGACAUUGGUUCCCUUGAGUUUGUGCGAGAAGAUUGGGGUGCAACCGCUGGGAAGUAUUAUUGUGGGCACUGGUCUUUUGGUAGGCUUCAUUUUUGGAGCGGAGAUCUGA